AUGGGAUCGAUCGGCUGCCUCUCCAUGCAUGCACUCGAUCGACCCUGUACGGAUGAAUGGGAUCGAUCGAGCUUGGUCUGGUACAGGUUCGAUCGACCUUGUGUGGACUCGAUCGAGCUCCUUCUGCUCCGUUUUGCCUGCUUUCUCCCCUUGUUGAUUGUAUUAUCCGACUCUCUCUCUCUUGUCUCCAAGCGCUUUCGAUCUCUCCUUGCUUCACCGGAGAUUUACAAGGCCCGGUCACUCUUGGGCCAUACCGAGACGUGUCUCUAUGUUGUCUUUGAGUCAAAUCCUCAUCCUCUCUGGUAUACCCUAUGCCUGAAACCUAAUCAAACCCUAACGGAUGACACGGGUGAGAAGAAGAAGAAGUCAAGUGGGUAUGUUUUGGCUAGGGUCCCAAUUCCAAGCUCUCCUCAUGUGCGCUUUCCGGGUCUCGUGGCGGUUGGUUAUAAUAUCUAUAGUAUUGAAGAAGAGCCCUACUACGGAAAAAAGGAAGAACGCUCCUCCUCUGACGUCUGGAUUCUAGAUUGCCGGACUCACACGUGGUGCGAGGCUCCAAGCUUGCCGGUGAAGCUAUUGUCACUCUCUGCUAGCUUUCUUGAUGGAAAGAUAUAUGUAGCAGGAAAUAGCUAUUCUUCGGGUUCCUUGAAGAACACAAUUGAGGUUUUCGACAUAAAAACACAGAUUUGGGACACUGAGAGCAUCCCUUUGAGCGAGACAGAAUACAAUUCUAAUAACUCGAGAAGCACAUGUAUUGAUGGAAAGUUCCACGUUAUGAAGACUAUCACAAAGGGUGUUGCUUACAAUUCUAAGGAAAGUAGCUGGGACUUGAUUGGACGAGAGAUGGGUGAUUUUCUGUUUCAUGGUUCUUAUUGCAAGAUAGAAAAUGUUAUGUACUCUCUUACUUUUAACGGAGUAUUGAAGUGGUAUGACACUGAGGUAAGCUUGUGGAGAUGUUUGAAGGGUUUGGUAGGACUACCUAAUUUCCCAAAAUAUGGCGUUUAUCUUAGAUUGGCUAAUUAUGGUGGAAAGAUGGUGGUUUUGUGGGAAGUCAAGAUAGAGAAUGAUCCGUAUGAUCUGAGGCACGAUGGCUGCGGCUAUAAGAAGAUUUGGUGUGCGGUGAUUGCGCUUGAAAGACGGCAAAAAGGACGUGAGAUUUCGGGGACAGUUGAGUGGGUUAAAAAUGUGCUCACAGUCCCAAAAUCAUGUUAUCUCGUGAAGGUUCUUGAUGUUACUGUUUGA